CCAUUUUUUGCUGGGUCUGGAAUCUCGAUUCCAUGGGAGAAGUCACAAUGAGGCCUCUCGGCUACGUGACUCUCCUGGCCAUUUUUUUCGCUAUCCACCUACACCUCUGUGUGUCCUCGCGCCUCCUCGCCGAACGUCCGGCGACUCCAAAUGGCCAGGAAUCAGCGGCGGCGGCGGCGCCGGUGCCUUCCGCCGUUGGGUCGUUGCCGGAGAACACCCCGGCGAGCAACGACGUCCCGGUGAACAUGCCCGCCAAGGCCAACGCAGUGACAGGUGCAGCGGCGCCGGUCCCUUCCGCCGCCGGGUCGUUGUCGGAGAACACUCCGGCGAGCAACGUCCCGGUGAACAUGCCCGCCAACGCCAAUGCAGCGAUAGGUGCAGCGGCGCCGGUCCCUCCCGCCGCUGGGUCGUUGUUGGAAUACACCCCAGCGACCAACGUCUCGGUGACCAUGCCCGCCAACGCCAACGCAGCGACAGGUGCAGCGGCGCCAGUCCCUUCCACCGUCGGGUCGUUGCCGGAGAACACUCCGGCGAGCAACGUCCCGGUGAAUAUGCCCGCCAACACCAACACAGCGACAGGUGCAGCGGCGCCGGUCCCUCCCACCGCCGGGUCGUUGCUAGAAUACACCCCAGCGACCAACGUCCCGGUGACCAUGCCCGCCAACGCCAACGCAGCAACAGGUGCAGCGGCGCCAGUCCCUUCCGCCGCUGGGUCGUUGCCGGAGAACACUCCGGCGAGCAACGUCCCGGUGAACAUGCCCGCCAAUGCCAACGCAGCAACAGGUGCAGCGGCGCCAGUCCCUUCCGCCACCGGGUCGUUGCCGGAGAACACUCCGGCGAGCAACGUCCCGGUGAACAUGCCCGCCAACGCCAACGCAGCGACAGGUGCAACGCCGCCGGUCCCUCCCCCUGCUGGGUCGUUGCUGGAAUACACCCCAGCGACCAAUGUCCCGGUGACCAUGCCCGCCAAUGCCAACCCAGCGACAGGUGCAUCGGCGCCGGUCCCUCCCGCCACCGGGUCGUUGCCGGAGAACACCCCGACGACCAACGUCCCGGUGACCAUGCUCGCCAACGCCAACGUAGCGACAGGUGCACCGCCACCGGUCCCUCCCGCCGUCGGGUCGUUGUCGGAGAACAUCCCGGCGACCAACGUCCCGGUGACCAUGCCUGCCACCGCAACGACAGGUGCACCGGUCCCUCCUGCCGCUGGGUCGUUGCCGGAGAACACCCCGGCUACCAACGUCCCGGUGACCAUGCCCGCCAACACAGCGACAGGUGCACCGGUCCCUCCCGCUGCCGGGUCGUUGCCGGAGAACACCCCGGCGACCAACGUCCCGGUGACCAUGCCCGCCAACGCCAACGCCAACGCAGCGACAGGUGCACCGGCGCCGGUCCCUCCCGCCGUCGGGUCGUUGCCGGAGAACACCCAGACGACCAACGUCCCGGUGACCAUACCCAACACAGCGACAGGUUCACCCGCGGCGGUCCCUCCCGCCACCGGGUCGUUGCCGGAAAACACCCCGGCGACCAACGUCCCAGUAAACAUGCCCGCCAACGCCAACCAGCCGGCCAACGUCGUUCCACCGCAAGUAGUGGUGUCGAAGCUUCCGCCGGAGGUGCUGGCCAAGCUCCCGCCCGACGUGCUGGCCAGCAUCCCGCCGGAGACGCUGGCCAACAUCGCGGCGUCGCAGGGGCAGCUGCAGACGAGCGAGAUCCUGGCCACCAUCCCGGCGGCGCAGGCGCAGGGCCAGCUGCCGGCGGACCUGCCGCCGGAGGUGCUGGCCAAGCUCCCGGCCGUGCAGAGCCAACUGCCGGCCAACAUUACGCCCGAGAUGAUGACCAGUCUCGCCGCCGUGCAGCAGCCUGCGGCUGCUGGCCAGCCUGGGGCGGCCCCGGCUCUCCCGGCCGACAUCCCUCAGAUCCCCAAGAUGCCCGACCUCUCCGGGCUGGCCAACAUCUCGUUCCCGGCGAUGCCGUCGGAGCCCAGGAUGCCGCAGCUGCCGCCCGACUUCUCGUUGUACGGGUACGAGGUCCCCAUCCCUAAGUUCAUCACCAAGAUGGUCGACGGCAAUGGCGCCGGCGGUGGGCAACAAAACUGAGCCGAAGCAUUGUUUCGAUGUUUGUGGCACCUGAGCUGUCAAUUACACGUUAACUGAAGUUUCGCCAUGCUUUUCAGUUCUAAUGUCGUCAUUCUUUUGGUUUGGGUGAUGUCUGGCAGGAAAUGUGAUGAUGGGCUAUGUUCUUGUCAUGUAUAUACUCUCUUUGUCCUAAAUUAUAAAUUGUUUUAUACUUUUUAAAUUCAAAAUAUCUAAAAUCAAUUAAAUUUAUGUUUUUGUU